UCGCGAGUCAUAUUUUUGCAUUAAAACAUAGAACUUAGUUUCUUGUAAGAAAUUAAAUAUAUUUUUGCUACAAAUUUGAAAACUUUUUAUGUAUUCCUCUCAAGUGAUUAACAAGCUGCUCAUCUAAUGUACACUAUCUGCUGAUUCACGUUGCUUCUCUUAUCUGAAUUGUUCAAUGUCUAUUGUAUUUAAAGUCUGUGACACAUACAAUACAAAACGCAACAAGCGAUACGUUUCUUUUAGGGGGAAAAUGUAUCCUAGUGACAUAGACAUACAACUUUCGGCACCGACUUUUCAUUGCCUAUCUCAAGAUAAAGCUGCUGUAGAAGGAGAAGACAUAUGUCUAGAAUAUACAAUACAUAGUGUUUCAGAAUCGUGGUCGGUUUGGGAUAAAGAUGGACACAUUAUAUUGCCUUCGAAGCGUAUUGUAACUAGAGAUGCAACAUACCUAAAAUCAUUACACAUUGAAAAAGCAACAGCUAACGAUGCAGGAAUUUAUAGAUUGACCGUUGAAAAUACAUUUGGAUGCAUAAGUGCCACUACAAGACUUACUGUACUAUCAAUGAAAGCAGAUCAAAGGAUUGCACACAUAACCAUAAAAAGACAUCUUAUGACAAAUUGGGUGCAAGACAAGAAACAAAUAGUGUUAACGAGCACAUAUCGAUCGCUUUCUUCUCGAAAACCUCGAUUCUUUCUAAAUGGUAACGAAAUUUCGACAUCUGUAAGAAGACAAAAAGUUACUCGAAGGCAAUUUUCCGCUCUGGUCAUUGACAAUAUUAAAAGUGAAGAUUUCGGAACAUAUUACUGUUCAAUGGAAAAUUCAUACGGAUAUAAUACUGGGCCUAACAUGCAAACGACAAUUUUCAAGGAAACUUUAUCAGACAACAUCGUUGAACCGCCAAUAAUAAUUCGACAUUUGCCGAAGCAAAUCACAAGGGCAGAAGGUAGUAAAAUAAAUCUCAACUUAGCAAUAAAAUGCCAGAUACCGUUCGUCUAUGUUUGGCUUCGAAAUAAUAAGAUUAUACAAGACAGUUUAGAAUUCAGAUAUGCUGACCAUGGCCACGGAGUGCUGGAACUACAAAUUAAUGAUUCUUUUGUAAUGGAUUCAGCUAUUUAUGCUUGUGUAGUACAUUCCAUUGGUGGUAAAUGUAUAUCUAAAUGUUCUGUUAAGAUUUUAGAGGAAAAAACAUGCAAUAUCUUGAAUGUGCCGCAAAUUUUAAAUUUUCCGCAAUCGUAUACAAUACCGUCUGGAGGAAGUAUAGUAGUGUGUGCCCAUGUGAUACCAACUUUUUGCAAAGUCAUAUGGAGUUUAUGUGGAAUAGAUAUCGAUCUUUUAACUAAUACUAUGGCUACCACAAAAUCAGAUGGAAUUCACACACUUUAUCUGUCUAAUUUAAACAUAAAGCACAAUGGAGAAAUUCGAUGCACUGCUAAUUUACUUAGCAAUAAUGGAAUAACGGCAACUGCUUCAACAUUUUUAUCAAUAGUGCCUACCAAAAAUUACCAACAAAAUAAUGAACACAUCAAACCAACUUUCUUAACAGCUUUUGAAGAUCAAGUUGUUUUGAAUGGUCAAAACCUGGUUCUUGAAUCAUUUUUCUGUGGCAAGCCUGAUCCCCACGUUCUUUGGUUGCGAGCGGGAAGACCUAUUGAUGACAAAAACGUUAUAACAACAUCAAUGCCUGGAUAUUCUUCAUUACUUGUGCAAAAUAUAAAUGCCAACCAAAGUGGAAAAUAUUCAAUACAAAUAAUCAAUUCCAUUGGAAGUGAAAUACUGUCUGCAUCAGUUGCUGUUGAAGGUCCUCCUGACCCUCCUAGUGGAACUCCAUUGGUAACGAUAACAGAAAACAACGUGCAUAUAACAUGGUGUGGACCUCAUUAUGAUGGAGGAUGUAUGAUUCUUGGCUUCAUACUUGAGAUGCAAAGCGAGGACAAUGAGUGGUCUGAAGUCGCAACAAUAUUGGAUUCGUUAGGAUAUACUUUUUCCAAUAUGAUUCCUGCAAAAACAUAUCGGUUCCGGGUAAGAGCCAAAAAUAUUCAUGGAUGUAGCGAUCCUGGUGCACCAAGUGCAAAUGUUACUCUUCCGGUGUGUAAUACAAACAAUAUUGUCGCAUCAAACAAUGAUUUUUCCAUUCGUUGUUGUGAGGAUUUCAAAUCAAAAUAUGAACUUAUGGAAGAGCUGGGCCGAGGAAGAUUUGGGGUAGUUUACAAAGCACGUGACAUUGAAUCGAAUCAUGUUUAUGCCGCAAAACUAAUCAAAUGUAUAAAAAUGGUCGACAAAACGAAAGUACGAGAAGAGAUUGCGAUAAUGAAAUCACUUCAGCAUGCCAAGUUACUACAUUUAUAUGAAUGUUUUGAAGGCUCACGAGAAACAGUCAUGAUUGUAGAGUUCAUAAGCGGUGGCGAGCUAUUUGAGCGAGUAGUAGCGGAUGAUUUUACGCUAACUGAAAAAGAUUGCGUGAUUUUUAUUCGUCAAAUUUGCGAAGGAGUGCAGUAUAUGCAUAACCUUCGAAUAGUUCAUUUGGAUUUGAAACCGGAAAAUAUAAUGUGUAAAACGCGGAGCAGCCACGAGAUAAAAAUUAUUGAUUUUGGUUUGGCCCAACGUUUAUCACCAGACACUUCAGUUAGAGUUUUGCUGGGAACGGCAGAGUUCGUGCCACCAGAAAUUAUUAACUACGAGCCUAUAGGACUUCAAUCCGAUAUGUGGAGCAUUGGAGUUAUCUGUUACGUUUUGUUAUCAGGCUUGUCGCCAUUUAUGGGCGAAAAUGACGUCGAUACAUUCAAUAACAUAACAGGCGCAGAGUAUGAUUUCGACGACGAUGCCUUUCAAAUUGUUACAAAUGAAGCUAAAGACUUUAUCUCUGGAUUAUUGCAAUAUCGUAAAGAGGAUAGACUAUCGCCAACACAGUGCCUCCAUACAAAAUGGUUAUCACUUGAUAAUGACUAUUUAGGAAAAUCAAAAAUAUGCACAAACAAGUUAAAAAAGUUUAUCAUUAGGAGAAAAUGGCAGAAAACCGGUAACGCCAUAAGAGCAUUAGGACGUAUGGCAUUAUUGUCUGCAUCAAGGCGGAAUUCUUCAGUAUUACCAACGGAGGAUCAAAACAAUCAUCAUAAUGAAUAAAUAAUCGUGUACAUACCAGAAAUAUUUGAAAUAAUAUGUAUAGGGGAGAGUCGACACAAUUUA